AUGUACAACACGGAGCCGUGGUUCAUACUCCUCCCAAUCGAGAAACAUGAAUACGUCGAACAGGAGAUCAAAAAAUUUCUCAGCGCAUUUUUCGAGAUCACGUUUGUGAAUGGGACUGCAGAGCAAAAGUACACCACGAUCAACGAAUGGUUCACCACCGCUUUCAACAACAUGUCCGAAAAUAAAAUCCCCAUUGUUUUCAUCAAAUCCAUCUACGCUGAAAUGAUUCGAGUGGCGAUGGAAGAGCGUGGCACCCCAGUGAUCUACGAUGACAUGUCGAAGGCUCUCCAGGAAAUCGUAUGGCUGGAAUACACGACACUUGACCUAACUGUCAUCAAGAACCUCGUGGAUAUUUCCAGACUGAUGCCGGUGCCAGAAAAUCAAACUAGUCGAAUGGGGGCACUGGCUCUUCUGAAUGCGUUCACCCAAGUGACAUUGAGUUAUCAUUCUAAGAUAGAAGCGCAUGCCGCGUGGACCGUCUCCUUCGGCGUUGUGUUCUUCUCGAUUUUCAUGGACAAGUUAAUCAAAACUAUGAAGGCACGAGACAUGAGGGCUGAGUCACCUUCCAAUUCCAUAAAAUAUUUAAAAAAGAUACCACUACCAAGAGGAAAUUUUCCGAUACACGUAAGACGAAAACUGGAGCAAAUCUUUGCCGAUAUGGGCGGACGGAUUUCGGGACUUCAGAUGAUGUAUCUGCAGGAUCGAUUUAAGCAGUACAUGACGCCACGACAAAUCAAGACGUAUUUUAAGAAUUUGAGAGCCAAGGCGAAGAAGUGCUCAAUUGCCAAACAAGAAGCAGAGGAACUCCCAGCAACAAGCUCAUUGGAAAUCUUGGAUUUCAGACGUCGAUCAGCAUAG